AUGGUCGACAGGUAUACCCGGUGGCCUGAAGCUGUGCCCAUCCCCGACAUGACCGCCGACACCGUAGCUCGUACGAUCGUCUCUACUUGGAUCGCCCGCUACGGAUGCCCCUCUCGCAUUACGACCGACCAGGGCAGGCAAUUCCAAAGCGCCCUCUUCAAGGCUCUCAUGACCCUGCUGGGAGUUCACCACAUCAGAACGACUGCCUAUCAUCCGGCCUCCAACGGUGCUGUAGAGCGCUUCCAUCGUCAGCUUAAGGCAUCUCUUAUUGCUCGUCAGGCCGAAGUCACCUGGGUAGAUCAUCUGCCGAUUGUGCUGUUGGGCAUUGGUUCAGCCCUAAAGCAGGACCUUUCCUGCUCCGCCGCAGAGCUCGUCUUUGGAACGACACUGCACCUCCCCGGCGACUUCUGGCUCGACUCUCAAGCUGAAACUCGGCAGUUAUAA